UUCCCCUCCGGUUCCUUGAGACCCCAUCUUCCUUCAAGCUCUUACCUUCUCUUGCCCCCGUGUCCACCCCAAUAUCCAGAAGCGGCGAAUACAGUACUAACUUUUUCUAUCUUGUUGAUCCGCUCGGAGAAGACACGGAUCCGCCCCCUAUCGCUGCCAGAACUUGGGAUCGCAUCCAUGGAAGUGAAGUUGUGGAACGACAAAAGGGAGCGGGAGAUGUAUGACUCAUUCGCGGAUCUCUACGCCAUCAUCAAGACGACGGAGAAACUCGAAAAGGCCUAUGUUCGUGACCUAGUCCCCUCCUCCGACUACGAAUCGGAAUGCCUCAAGCUCAUCGCCCAGUUUAAGACCCUCUCCUCAUCCCUCCGCGACGCCGUUCCUUCCAUCGAGCGCUUUGCGGAAGCAUACCGGAUGGACUGUCCCGCUGCUCUCAACCGUCUCCUCAUCUCAUGUGUUCCGGCCACCGUCGAGCACCGCUCGUUCUCCUCGGCAUCCACCGCCGCCUCCGCUUCUGCUGUGGCUGAGUGCGUUCAGCACUUCAUUACUGCAAUGGAUUCGCUCAAGCUGAACAUGGUUGCGGUGGAUCAGGUGCAUCCUCUGCUCGUCGAUCUCUCCUCCUCGCUUGCGAAGCUGGGAACGGGAAUUCUUCCGUCGGAUUUUGAGGGGAAGGCAAAGAUGAGGGAGUGGAUAGCGAGGCUAGCGAAGAUGGGAGCGGCUGAUGAGCUAACGGAGCAGCAGGCGAGACAGCUGCUCUUUGAUCUUGAGUCAUCUUACAGUGCAUUCAUGGCGGCACUUCCAAAUGGUGGCUCCUGAUUUUAUUAAUUGGCUGUCUAUACAUCCAAACCCUUCAAAAACUCGAAGUUUGAUGUUACAUGUUUUAUUUGUAUUAAUCAUCUCUCUAGCAGCUGGGUCCUUUAGCAGUGCGUCCCGUCAACUGCUGUGGUUUUAAUUGAAUAAUAUUUGACCUCAAACUUUCUUCGUGAACCUGCCAGAAAAGAAAGUGCAUGAGCUUAAUAGAAGAACGAGGGGGAGAGAAAGAGAGAGAAGGCAAGAAAAAAGAUUGAAAAUGAAUGAUAUAUAAAAUAUGCUUAAUUACUUGUAAUUUAGAGACUAGUCCAAACAACUCAAUACACUCUUCUAGGAGAAGUUUUUCUUUUGCUACAA